GUACAAGGACAUCAACCUGGUAAAAGGACAUGACCAAUUAAACUCAUAAACCUAAAACGAGCAUGGAAUUUCAAUCCCCCUACCGAAAUGUGUAAAUCUAGAACAUCCCAACAUAAUCCCUAAACUGAUAGCCAUAGUAACCGGAAAAUUGAAUAAAAUUGUAGAACUGAUAGGCAUACUAACCGAAAAAAGUUGCGGUGGAGGAGGUAGGUCAGCGGUCUUCGUUUGCUAUCGAUGGGAAGAGGGGGUUCUGUGCAGGGUCUUCGUUUGCUAUCGAUGGGAAGAGGGGGUUCUGUGCAGAGUCUUCGUUUGCUAUCGAUGGGAAGAGGGUCUUCGUUUACAAUCGAAGAAGAGAUGCUCGCUCUCGUCGUCCCUUGCUCGCCUCCUUCACUGUCUUCGUCGGAAUCCGGCUCGCCGCCUUCACUGUCGUUGUCGGAAUCCGGAAUCCGAAUCGCUGCAAUCGACAAGCUUCUUCUACUCGUCGUCACCCACUGCUCGCCGUCUUCACUGCUCGCUAGCUGCGUGGAGAGGAUCGAAGGAAGAGGAUCAAAGGAAGAAUGGUUUCGGCGGUGAGAAGAAUGGUUUCGACCGUGAGAAGAGAUGUGAACCCAAAUAAUUUCAGACAACCGGU